AUAUCAGAAUUAGUUUUAUUGGCAAUAUAGACAUAUAAUAGUGCAACUGUAGUGUGCAAGAUGCAUAUUGGAAUGAUAAGUUUGUAAUGUGUAAGUGAAUGGCCAAAGUGGGGAUGACCCCACUUAUCAGCAGUUCAGGAGAGUCAUGGCAGUGGGAAAGAAGCGGUUCUUGUGUCUGGUGGUUUUUGUGAGCAGGGAUCUGAAGCGCCUGCGAGGGGAGGAGGCAGGAGGAUGGCCAACAGCUUUUGUGGGAGGCCAUACUUCCUGCAAAGAAAUAGAGCUCCAUGGUUUUGAAGGCUCAGUCCUCCGCUGGCCUAAAAAGAAAGAAAGAAAAGUUUGAACGCUCCAUGACAUCAAAACACCGAUGAACAGAAGGAUGAGCUCACUGCACAGGCGGCUGAGUCAGCUGCGCGGAGCAUGGAGGUGGAGGAGGGUGGAGGUUUCACUGUACCCAGCCACUGGCUUCCACUGCAGGACCUUCUGCUCCGCUACCUCCGCAGGACCAGCAGAAUCCAUAGAGAUCCACAAGAGGAAGCUCUUCCUGUGGUUCAGUCACCUUCCUCGGGAGGAAAAACAGUUUGGCAGGUACUUCAGCCCUGAGACCAUGCAUGUGGAUCCACUGAUACUGGAAAGAAAAGUUGAAGAGAAGGCAGGACUGCUCCACUCCAGGACUACCCAGACCCCCUCCUGCCCCUCUCUGACUGUAGAACAGCUGUUUGAUCCCAGUGAUGCCUGGAGGGAAGGCCGGGGGCUCAAUGUGCUGCUGUACGGGGCCGUGGGAACAGGCAAAAGUACAGUGGUCCGAAAGCUGGUGCUGGAUUGGUGCACAGGGACCACCCUGUCCCACUUCAAGCUGCUGGUUCCUUUUUCUUGUGAGGACCUUGGCCAACUGUCAAAAGUGGCUUCCUUAAGGGACCUGGUGAGCAGGAAGUACCUCCACCUGAGAAAACACCCGCUGCUGAGUGGGGAGGGAAACCAGGCCAAGGAUGUGCUCUUUGUCUUCAAUGGAAUGGAGAAGAUGAAACUGGACUUCCGAAUUGGAGCCACAGAGCUUUGCAGUGAUCCUAAUGAGGCGCUGCAUGCAGAUGUGGUGGUGGUCAACCUGCUGAGGAAAUAUCUUCUGCCCGAGGCCAGCAUCUUGGUUACCACCAGACUGUCUGCCCUGGACCGUAUCCCACAGAAGUAUGUAAGUCGCUAUGCACAGAUUUGUGGCUUCAGUGACCCUGAGCGCCAGCGGGCCUACUUCACCAGCCGCCUCCUGCAACAAAGUGGAGAGACUAACCAUGAAACCCAGUCUGUCAUAGAGCUGCUUUACCUCAACCUUCAGAGACAAAGCCAGCUGGCGACAGCCUGCUUUCUCCCAUCCUACUGCUGGCUCACAUGUGCUACCUUACACUUCCUUCGUUUCACCGAUGCCAAGGAACCCAUCCGCACACUGACUGGUAUAUACACCAGCUUCCUCAGGCUCAACUUUGGAGGUGAGGUGCUGGGCACAGGGACAGGGACAAAUGUGCCCAUACAGGAGCACAAGAGUUCUCUGAUGUUGUAUGUAGUUCGUACAGUUGGGAAACUUGCUUUUGACGGUGUGACAUACAAACGCACGUCAUUCUCAGAAAAGGAACUGGAGCAGUGGAUAGGAGGGAAGACCAAGACAGAUGAGGAGCUACAUCAGCUAGCCAUGUUUCGGACUGAUGUUCUAGACUUCUUUUUGGCUCCCUGUGUAGAAAGUGGUCAGCAUUUACCAGAAGAUCCCAGAGAGAGUGAUCAGAGGCGGUAUGUAUUUGCUGUCCCAGCAAUGCAGGAGUACCUAGCGGCUCUCUACGUGGUUCUCGGAGAGAACAAGUCGGCUCUGGAGAAGCUGACCAGUCAGGUGUCUGUGGUCAUUGGUCAUGCAAGUGAGGAUGUCAAUGCCCUUGUUAACAUCCUUUCGAAGUUUAUCCCCCUCCGAAUAUUUGCUGUAUUCAACCUCCUUAAGCUUUUUCCGAAGCUCUUUGAGAAGGUCAGCAGUCUGAACAAAGGCAGCAUUGCCAGAACCAUGGCAGCUGAGAUGUUCCGCACCGAGGAUAGCUACAAUGAGGAUGUCCUGGAUCAGGUGGAGAAAAGCCUCCUGGGAGUCCAUGGCCCCCAGCCACAGCAGUACAGUAAAGGCCAGCCUUUUGAGCUCUACCCCAUCUUCAUGGGUGGACUGUUGCAUUAUGGUAACCGUGUCCUUCUCCAGCAACUUGGGUGCAGCAUUCAGAGCACCACUGUGGCCCAGAUCACACAUGUCCUUAGGAAAUACCUUGUCAGAGAGCUCAGCAAGCCACAGCCAGCAGAGGAGCUGAUGGAUCUACUAGUCCUUCUGUAUGAGUUUCAGAACCCCAGACUGACUGCCGAGGUUCUGGCCUCAAUCAGAACCAUCCGCCUAAGCAACAUUCGUAUGACGCCACUCAAAUGCUUUGUACUGAGUUCUGUGCUCUCAUGCACCCCUGCAAGUUAUCACCUUGAAGAGCUGGACCUGUCCUCCUGUCUCCUGACUCAUGAACUGCUUCAGUUGCUGGGGCCAACCUUCAGACACACACAUAACCUCAAUCUGCAGUUUAACAGCCUGGGUCCUGAGUCCUGCAUCCUCCUGAGAGAUCUGCUAAUAGACCCCAAGAGCUCUAUUAAAUCUCUACAACUGUGUGACAACCCUAUGCUGGAGUCUGGAGCCUGCACCCUACUGGAGGCUUUGCCAGAGAACCGGUCCCUGACACACCUGUCCCUGAUGCACACUGGGCUUGGGGACCAGGGGGCCUUGAAGCUGGCUGAGAAGCUGCAGCAGCACACAAGGCUCCAGGAGCUUAACGUGGCCUACAACAACAUUGGAGACAUCUCUGCUCUGACUCUAGUGGACGCCUGCAGGGAACACCCCAGCAUUCACACUGUGCACUUGUAUCUGAACCCUCUCAGUGAUGUGGGGAAACAGGCCCUGUAUGUAAGAGGUGUUCCCAAGAGCCAGAGUGGCAUGAGGGUCAAGGUCCUGGCUUCAGUCACUGAGGGCUCAGACAUCUCCGAGAACUGGCACCCCAUCCUCAAUGUGAUACGAGAGAAUGCCUCAUCCUGGGACCGCCAGCGUGUCAAGCAGCAGCUUCAGGUUUUCCUCCGGGAUCUGGAGUGGGGCCGUCGGCAGCAGCAGAGCUUCUGGAAAAGGCUGCACUUCCGCAGGGUGGAGAAGGGUGUCCGGCAGACUCUACAGAUGCUGGAGAAGGACACUCUACCUCCAUCCACAUGAAACAGCAAAUAGCCAGUAAACACCAAGAGGUGAAAGGGCAAUAUAUGUUUUCAGCAGCUUAUCAGGUUUAAAUCUGAGCGUGUCUACACAGGGAAACCUCUGCAGCUAGUCUAAACUGGAGGUCCAGGAAAUACA